CCGCCGAGCUGCCCGCAGUCCGAACCGACCCGGCGAGGCUGCAGCCGCGCGUUUUCUCCGCGCUCUGCACCACACGCGAACAAACUUUUGGUGACUAAAUAUACGCGUAAUAUAUAAUUUAUUCACUUAUUUGCGCACAGUUUCCCUCCAGGUCUGGACGAGCAGCCGAGGAUACCUCCGCUCCCUCUCCAUUGACACAAGCCGCGCGAUUUUUCACUGAAACUUCGAGAGGUACGAUGCAAGUUUUCGUGGCCGUGAUAUUCGCCUUUGGAGUGUCGGUAUACAGGAUGUUAAGACCGGAUGACUAAAAUAUUAAGCACUCAAUAUCACAGAGGAGAAGGCGGCAUGCCCCCUUGGGUAUUUCCCCUGUGGCAACUUGACCAUGUGUCUCCCUCAGCUCCUGCACUGCAACGGCAUCGAUGACUGUGGAAAUCAAGCGGAUGAGGAGAACUGUGGAGACAAUAAUGGAUGGCCCCAUCUUUUUGACAAAUAUUUUGGAAUGCCGAGCCAUAACACUGGGACCAAGUCCAAUAUAUGCUUGCUGGGUGUCAUUCCUGAACUCUGCCAGUGCCGAGACCUGGAGCUGGACUGUGACAGCACACAGCUUCAAGAUAUCCCAGUGGUGGCGAUGAAUGUAACCAUGAUGUCUCUACAAAGGAACCGGCUUCAGAAACUGAGAGCAAACACAUUCUUUAAGUACCAGAGCUUACAGAAACUAUACCUUCAGCACAAUAGAAUUCAAGAUGUGAGUCCUGACGCAUUCAGAGGGCUGUAUAACCUAACAAGACUAUAUCUCAGCUACAACAAGAUAUCUGUCCUGAUGCCGGGGGUGUUCCAGGACCUGCACAAGCUGGAGUGGUUGAUCCUAGAAAAUAACAAUAUCCAUCAAAUAUCCUCCAUGACCUUUUCAGGACUGAACUCCCUUGUUUUGCUGGUUCUGUUGAACAACUCUUUGACAGAGCUGGAUGACAUUUGUCAGGAAAUGCCAAAACUGAACUGGCUGGAUUUGGAGGGAAAUCUCAUAGCAACCAUCGGAAACAUUUCAUUCUGCUCAUGCAGUAUGCUGACAGUUCUGGUUUUACAGCGAAACAGGAUCAGCCGUAUACACGAACAAGCUUUCUCGGUCCUCCAGAAGUUAGGAGAAUUGGAUCUAUCCAACAACAGACUGGUGGCAAUCCCUCCCAAUCUCUUUGUCCUACUGGGGGAUUUGCUCCAGCUGAAUAUAUCAUACAAUCCCAUCACGGAGCUCCAAGUUGACCACUUUCACAAGUUGCAUAAACUGAAGUCAUUGAGCAUAGAGGGGAUAGAAAUAGGAAGCAUACAACGACGGAUGUUUGAACCUCUCAAAUACUUGACUCAUAUCUACUUCAAGAAGUUCCAGUACUGUGGCUAUGCUCCUCAUGUGCGCAGCUGCAAGCCAAACACUGAUGGCAUCUCAUCCUUCGAGGAUCUGCUGGCCAACAUCGUGCUGAGGGUCUUUGUCUGGGUGGUGUCUGCCACCACCUGCUUUGGCAACAUCUUCGUCAUCUGCAUGCGCUCGUACAUCCGCUCAGAGAACAAACUACACGCUAUGUGCAUCAUCUCCCUCUGCUGUGCAGAUGGGCUGAUGGGCAUCUACCUCUUCAUGAUUGGUGCGUAUGACCUGAAGUUUCGGGGCGAGUACAACCGGCACGCUCAGGCCUGGAUGGACAGCAGUCAGUGUCAGGUCAUCGGCUCUUUGGCAAUGCUCUCCACCGAAGUAUCCGUCCUGCUCCUCACUUAUCUCACUCUGGAGAAAUACAUCUGCAUCGUCUACCCUUUCCAGUACUUGACACCAGGCUGGCGACGAACUCUCACCAUCCUUCUCGGGAUUUGGGUGUUUGGCUUUAUUAUUGCCUUCCUGCCGCUGGCCUGCAAGGGGCUGUUUCGCAACUUCUACGGGACCAAUGGUGUUUGCUUUCCGCUGCAUUCAGAGCAGCCUGAGACGCUAUGGGCUCAUGUUUACUCCAUCGUUAUUUUCCUGGGUCUGAACCUGGUGGCAUUCCUCAUCAUUGUCCUAUCCUAUGCAAGCAUGUUCUAUAACAUCCAGAGAACAGGCACUCAGACCACAAAAUACAGCAACCACAUCAAGAAAGAGGUGACCAUCGCCAAAAGGUUCUUCUCUAUCGUCAUAACUGACUCCCUUUGCUGGAUUCCAAUUUUCAUCCUCAAGAUCCUGUCACUGCUGCAGGUGGAGAUUCCCGGUACCAUCAGCUCGUGGGUGGUCAUAUUUAUCCUCCCCAUCAACAGCGCUCUUAACCCCAUCCUUUACACGCUGACCACUCGACCUUUCAAAGAGACCAUCCUGCAGGUGUGGGCUAACUACAGGCAGAGGAGGCCACUGCUCAGCGGUCACCCAGCCCAUCAUCCGUCGCUCACAUGGCAGGAAAUGUGGCCCCUGCAGGAGAACAGCCACGGCCUCACCCUGGGGCACCCUCUGGAAAUGACAGGCACACUAGCCAAGCUCACCCCUGUGGAAAAUACCAACGAGGGAUACAGUGACAUUACCGCGUGCUCACAGGAACAACAGAGGCAACAUGCAGUCCUCUCAGUGCGCUCACAGACGCAAACAAUGCUGCACACACUCUCGCACAGUCACGCACACACAAACAAAUGAACUCACCUAGGUGUCUAACACCAAUAACGUGUUUCAGGUUCAUUGAUCUCUGUAAUUAAGAGUGUUUAACCAGUUUAAAAAUACACGUUUUAAAAGGAUACUGCUUGAUUUGUGCCCAGAUUUCUCCUCUGUGGUUGAAAAUCAUUAGUAUUCAUUAGUGUUUUUAGAAAUUCCACUGUGUGACUGUUUUUGCCCAAGCAGCAGCCAGCACGGCAGAAGGGUCAAGUCAGUGCAGAAAUCCCUUAAACAUCAGUACAGUUCCCCUCAUGCAGAAUACAUGCUGGCUCCAAAAAAUAUCUCUGUCAAUACAGAACAGAAGCCUCACUUCUGGUUUAGCUUUUGCUAAACUAGCUUUCAUUGCUCGGUUUUAUUUCUCACUUGCAUCAUUCUCUCUGAAAGCUAAAACAGGAUAGAGGAGUAGUCUGUCCAGGUCCUGAGCUGAAUAUUAAUCGAGUACCAUAUUAGCAAUUAAAAUUUGGACAAUUUAUCAUUUCAACAAAGAUAAGAGACAGAAUAUGUUGUUCAGAUCCAACGACUGCAGCUCCCCUUAACCAUUUGACUGCGCUUUUAUGGCUAAGAUUCAUUAACAAUUUUGUAAAUAAUUGGUGAGUGUGGAAAUUCAUUCUUGACCUUGGAAAAAGUGGUUUAACAUAAAAUAUCUUAACUUAUGACUCGCUCACCAGUUUUUUCCAGAGCUUUCGACCUGCAUCCUGCAGUCUUCAAUGAAGGUUACUCAAAAAAUAACCAGUCUGUAUCUUUGUUAAAAGAAUGGGAUGCUCAAAUUUUACCAGCCAGUACAGUACUAGGCUUUUUGUUAUUGUUUUUUGGAAUAUGGACAAAAAUGAAACAGCGUCUAGCUUUUUAGGAAGACUGUUGAAAGUAGCCUACUAUGGAAAUAGUUUCUGGCUUAGGCAAAUGGAGAAAAGGCUAGCUUAGAAAGUUACUGGGACUGUGGCACUUGAAUAGGGCAAAUAUAAAUUUCACUGAUGUAAAUCAUUUUUUUGAGUCAUUACCAUAUUACUGUGUAUCAAAGUUUAAAGGAAAGUAUGUUUUUGAGCAUAUAUUCUUGAAUGACAUGUCUCAGUCUAUGACUCCAUAUUGUUCUUAUUGUCAACAGAUCCCAUCAGAAGACUUAAACCAAUUUAUCUUCCUAAAAAUUACUGUAUGAUUGGUUGUAUCAAAAGCCUUAUAUAGCUUAUUCCUCUGUGCCAUAGAGCUCCAUUGAUGUCCCAAAAAAUGACACACACAUUAUUGAGCCACACCGUUACACUGGUAACGAUGUUUCUUCAUUAUUACAAAUACCGCCACUGUAGUUUAUUUUGAGUGGAUCCCACAUACACUAUCCUGCUGUCAUAAAUACUCACUAGUACACCACAGCUGGAAAUACUCCCAAACAAACACACUACGUAGCAUUUGCUUAAGUUAAUAACUAAGCCUUCUUUAUAAAAUGAAACUAUGUACUGUUGAUUGGGUUUUAAAGAUUUAUGUUCUGUGGGGACGAAUGGACCUGGGGGCUGCGAGCAUCGAACUGGGGGAGGAUGGAAAGAUGUUGAGAUGGAUUAACACACUGUUGGUAUUUUGACAGUUUCAAAAGUAAAAGUCUAGUGCUGGAGUAUUACCAGCCGUAUCCAUUAACGCCAUCCAAUGUCGGUCAGUCCACCACUUUUGUCCGUACUGAAAUAGCUCAACAACAAUUGGUUGGAUUGCCAUGAAAUUUUGUAGAAACAUUCAGGGUUCCCAAAAGGAUGAAGCCUACUGACUUUGGUGAUCCCCUGACUUUUCCUUUAGAGCCACCAGCAGGUUGACAUUUUUGUCUUUUGGUGUAAUAUUUUAUUAACUAUUGGAUGGAUUGCUGUGAAAUUUGGUCCAUAUACAUGGUCCACAGAGGAGUGAAUCCUAAUAACUUUGGUUCGUUCUCUGUCUUUUCAACUAGCGCCAUCAGCAGGUCAAAAUUUCAGUUUGUCCAAUACUGUGGUUUAUGACUAAAUCCUUACAAAACUAAUGACAAUGCCAUCAGCCUCAGCUGCAGUUUUGGGUUAAAUGCCAGUUAGCAAAAUCUAGCAUGCAAACAAGCUAAACUUAGAUGGUGAAAAUGGUAAAUGUUAUAUCUGCCUAACAUUAGCAUGUCAGCAUUGUCGCUGUGAGCAUGUUAACAUGCUGACAUCAGUAUUUAGACCAGCCUAGAUGAGUUGAUUAUGUGCUUUUGGGUAUACAUCUUACAUUUUAAACCUGCAAAAUAUACAAGUACUUUUUAACUAGAGCAUAUUUUCUGCUUAUUAAAAUGGGAAGCGUGUACACAUUAGGGGUGGUCCUCACCAAACAUUUUUAUUUUCCAAAAGAUAAAAAUUAUGGUGUGCGUAUAUAUAUAAUGUCCACUGGAGAUUAGUGUCACAGUGAUGUUUCAUUUUAUUGAUUGUUGUUUUUAGGUAACAGGCAGUACAGGUGUAAAAUGUAACAGGCAGUACAAGUGUAAAAUGUUAAAUGUAUAACAUCACACACAGAACAUAGUUUAAGAUAAUAUUGCUAAAGUUGUAACACUCAUUGCCUGCAGGUGGUGCAAGUGUUAAAAUUAAAUGCAAGAACGAUGAAGUUAUGUAGGAGGCCUGUAGGAGGCAGUAUCUACGUCUCCAGGUCUACAAUUCAGCUCCUCUCCUGCAGGCAGGGCAGGUUGGCAUGCUUUCGAACCGGUCUACUAACAAUUGAACAAAUCUCCUUUGUGGAGAAUCUGAAACCUGCUAAAUGUGACUUUGAGUCACAAGCCAGUUCCUUGAAUUGCUGCACAUAAAAAAGAUAAUAAUGAUCUUUUACUCACACAAGGGCAUGCGUUAUGCAACCGUCAAUUGUAGAAUGUUUUUUAAAGAAGAAAAUUUUUCAAAAUUGUUUAAUCUUCCUUUAAUCUGGUUUUGCUAAUGUUUUUUUCUCUGCAGUCAUAACUGAUCAUUUUCUGUUGGGCUAAUGUCUAGGUUUAUUCAUACCUGUUACAUGUUCAGUGGCAUGGCAGAUGAUGUAAAGGCAGCGACAUUAAAUGGUACUGAUACAACUAAUGCAAAAGGAUCUCAUGGGAAACGCACAGCAAAACAUCACAGCAAUGACCAUUUAUCACCUAAGAUGUUCCUACAUAUUUCUAAAAAAUAUAUAUAUUUUAACUGUAAACAUCAAAAUGGGGAGUACUCAAAUAGGCAGUGCAAGAGGAAAUAAAAAAAAAUUGACUAUUUGGAGCUCAUAAUGGUGCUCAUGAUUGAGCUAAAUUACAUUAAACACAAAAGUCAAACCCUUUAGCAGUGCAGUGGAAAGGACUACAUCUUCCAUGUGCUUUUGAAACUAUGUCUUUAAAAAAAAAAA